AUGCCUGAUUUAAUUGUUUUCUUAUUUCAUAUUCAUCAUAAGCUGUCUUUGGGUGUUGUUUGUGAUUCUUUCAAAGUCAAUAGUUUUGUAGCUACAUCAUCCUCCUCAGUUAAUCCGACAACAAGUAAUAAUUUAACAUCAUAUGACGAGGUUGAAAAAGGAUUCAGGGUCCAUGAGGAAGAUGAGGCAGUCGAAUUAAACGAAUCAUUAAAUGAAUUUAACAAUGAAAGUAGGUUUGGUGUUGGUCGUGACGUUAGUGAUGUUGGCGAGGCUCAAGAAGAAGAUGAUGACAAUAACAAGAAUAUGGAAUUUAAAUUCGAUUUAGAUUUGACUACAAUUAAUGUAGGAGAAUCACUAGAAAAAUGUGACAAAGAAAUGAAAGCACUCUAUCAAGAUAUUUACCCGAUUGGCGAAGUUAAUGAUCAAUAUUUACAAUAUCUAUCAAUCUUUAGUAAAAAAUUGGAUAUAUUCAAACACAAAAAAGCGAAGGUGUAUUUGCCAAUCAUCCCAUUGAAUACUUCAUAA